CAAAACAUGCUAACAUACCUUAAUACCUCAUUUCAUUGACGCCUCUCCAGAGAACAAUACAAUGAUUUGCUUGUCUCAUACCGAGACUUUAAAGUCUAUAAUUCCAAACAGAAAAGUCCACUUCGACAGAACGCCGGGUAAUCAACGAACCGAUUCAGGUAUCGAAACCGAAACCAUAAACGCUAUCAGAUGUAGCUCGUUCAAUCAGACUACGCCUCACACGACGCAGGAUAAGCAUCUGUAUGCUACUUCUGGAUAUGGCAAAGCCGCACCACAUAAAGUCCCCUCGCUAGAGAACCUGUGCAUCAAACGUAUUCUUCAUAAUAUCUCGAAGUAUGCGGUGCUCGAUCUGCCACCCUACCUGCUGGAGGUUUUGGCCGCUAGAAUGCAAGCAUCGCACUUGAUCACCGACGAAAAUAUAGCACUAUUUGCAGACCUAACAGAGAUAAACGUAAGCAACAAUCACAUUACUGAUUUAGGCAUCCAAAAAAUCCUCCUGGCUCCAAGGUGUCAACCCCUGGUAUCUCUAGAUUUGUCCAACAUUUCCAUCACCGAUCGGUCACUAGUUGCCAUAUCUUCGCAUUGUCAUGACCUCCAAAAUUUGAACCUGUCUAACUGCCACGCUUUGUCAACAAAAUAUCUGGUCAACGCUCUGAAGCAGCUCACCAAACUCCAACACCUCGGCAUAGGUCCCAUCAAAAACAUGAGCGAAGACUCUAUAGUCCAGAUCGUCAACCUUCCCAGCCUAAAGUCCUUCAAGUGCAACGGAUGCCCCAAAAAACUCAAAUCGCUUCCUGCCAAGUUACCGUCGUCACAUGGAUCGAAAACGAGCAACAUCGUCAAUCUGCACCUGCAGGGCUUCUGUUGCCUUUCGGACUCGCUCCUCUCUAUUGUUUCGUAUUGCAGCAACGUCGAAGUUCUUAAUCUAGACCGAUCUGGAGCCGUCAACGACGCUUCACUGGCUCAAAUCGUUUCAACUUUGACAAACCUUUCUUGGCUCUCUAUAGCCAGCACGCCAAACGUCACCGAUCUUGGAAUCAAGGAGCUGAGUCGCGCAAAAAACCUCAGGUCCCUCAAUCUGUCCAAUAACCCCUAUCUUAGCUAUCCGGCCCUUCACGCACUAGUAAGCAAAAAAAACGACCUCCAGUUACUGGGCAAUACCAUUCGCCUAAAGAUGAUGAGAGAUCAACCGACGCUCAGCGCGUUCAUACUCAUCCUCAAUGAGUUCUGUCGAGUAGAAGACAUCGUCAAGGGCGCUUCGGCCUAUCUCGAGAAGGAGAAAGAUCUUGUCUGCAACAACCGGCCCCGUGAAGACGGAAGUCUCCAAUUGUACAGAGUUGCGUGUCGCAGGAACGGAACCAAACGGCCAUAUGGCGUCGUCGCCACCAGCGAAUACAAAAAAUUCGUUGUCGAAGCUCUAGAAAACAGACACCACCUUUAUGUGUGUCAGGAACCCCCUAAAACCAUCGGAAUCAGUCAAUGCUUCUCGCAACCACUCCUGUCCAGUUCAAAUGUUUUCAUCAUACUGAAAGUUUGGAACUCUGUCGACUCAAAACUGCCAAUCACAAAAAGCGUCUACAUCCCAACCAGUCUAACGGUGAAGGCAUUGAAGCAAGAACUCUACAGGGAAAAGCUGAUCCAUUUUCCCCCAAGCGAAGCGCUAAUCGUCGAAGAAGAAAACAGCUUCAAGACCAACAUUCUAAGCAAUGAACACCUCAAUCUGAACGACUACAACAUCAUAUCUGGCGAUAUCUUGCACGUCGAAAGGAUCAUCGACAGCUUUCACAAAAACGACGAGGGCCAAAUCAUACGUUCACAUAUCGGAGAUAGCCUCUCCGGUCAUCGCGAAAUACGCAUCAGAGUUCGAGAGGCCAAAGAGUCAUAUAAAAACCGAUGCAAGUACUUUGAUCUGAACUCAAAAAUUUUCAAUUUCGAGAUCAUUUGUCACUCAGGUCUAACUUUGCUACAGAUCAAACACAUGAUUGCCAAAUUAAUCAACCUAGACGUUAAAAGUGUUUAUCUAUCGACGUACGCAGAGCCUCAUAUAAUCAUUCAGGAAGACAGCAAAUUCGUGGCCGAUGUACUGAGAGGAAACACUUGCAUCCUACUGAGCAUACAUACUUCCGCGAGAUCCAUGCCGAAACUACUCCGUGAUUCAGUUCGUCACUUCUUCAGACGCAUUAAGAAAUGCAAUCUAUUGACAUACACCGCAGCAUAGUCUCGGACAAACCUCUAAAAGAGGUCGCGCAAUUAACGAAAAAAAACACCUGACGCGUUCGUACGACAUGAGCACGAUGUCUGCGCUGCGCCUUGUAGCGUUUCUGCCGAAACCACAAACAAGAAGACGAGUAUUGACGAGUGAAGAGACCACCCUUGAUGACAGCUGCAAUGCAAAAAUUAGAGAUUUUUCUUCUUUCGAGAGAACAAAUUGAUCUCUUUCCGUAAUCAGGCAGUUCAUAUGCCGUCUUGAUAGAUGCGGACCGCCAAAAAAUUUCAGUGACGAAAAACUGUUGACAAUCACAUAAAAACACGUGCCACAACACUUUCGGUGUUUUGACGCGUAUCUGUGGAAAUAGAUACAAAUUAACGUCUCGAUGCCGAAAAUCCGAUGUCGCUCUUCAUCUUAGGAAACCAACUGACCCCAUCUGAUGCAAGAGAAGAACAAGAGCUUGAGAAAAUAGUGCUCAUACAUCUUUGAAAUCAAUAAUUAUGACAAGAAAUUUCUAUCUUGGACGGCUGUGUACUGUAUAAACAAUGUUACAUAUAUCAUAUA